AUGAAUUAAGACGAUAAUUUUAAUCAAGAUUUAGAAAACUUAUUAAAGGAUUUAGAGGAGAUAGAUAAAUAAGAAGCUUAAGCAUAGGUUUUGUAGCAAAAAUUCAAAAAUAUGGUAGUAGACGAUGGCAAAAAAAAAUAACAGCAAACAGAAAAAGAAUUAGUAAUGAUGUAAAAUUAAUAAAUCCAUAAGGGUUAACAAAGCUUAGAUACUAAAACAGUAUAAGACUUGCUUAAAGAAUUAGAUUUAUUAGAUUAUAAAUUGACUGGAGCUAAUUAAUCAUUUCUAAAUAAUUAAUAAUCCUAGUAAUACAAUUUAUAAAAAAGUUAUUUUUUAGGAAAUUUCGAUAAAGAAAACUCCAUCAUUAGAAUUUCUGGGUAAAAUAAUAGCAAAUAAGAUUUAUAAUUAAGCAUUAUCCAUCAGUAACUCCUAUAGGAUCAUUUUUUAAAUAAUAGCAUCCUUUAAAAUACAACGCAAAACAAUAUAAAUACUAAUUAGUUCAAUCAUAAUCAUAACAACAAUAAUCUUCAAAUAAAUAACUAAACUAGUAAUAUGGAUGAUAUAGAUUAGUUUUUAAAAUAACUAGAUGAUAAUAACGAUACUUUAAUGUAUUCCAGUAAUUUAUUAAAUAACACUGAUGUCUUAAGAUGA